ACCGAAAUGGUAACAAAAACGAAGAAGAAGAGCACUCCUCGAAAAUCUGCGGUAUCUCCCACUAAAGAAAAGAAAGUAGAUUUUAACGGAGCCGGGUUGAAGACAAGCACGAGCAAUGGCCAUUUCAAAAAUGGUGGACUCAGGCCGUCACCAUCGACAAACACAUUAAAUCGACUUGCACGAGAGAAGAUUGUUUUAUGGAAGCAACCAUUGACAACUACCUAUUAUGCUUUUAUGGAAGUGCUCAACUUAACGUAUGAGUUUAUCACGGGGAUGCUUCACCAAAAAACUUUGUUGUUAGCGAUAUCCAUAUUUAGUGCGCUUAUCUAUUAUGCAUAUAUAACUCCUGGUCCACAUCAAGAUUAUAUCGCCGUUAUAGAAAAGAAAUGUGCAUGGUGA